AUGGAUUUAAUAAAUUUCCCCAAAGGAGUGGUUUCGAAUGGCUCGCAUAAUGGUGCAGAUACUUUGCCGCCAGAAUUACAUUUUCACAAUGCCCAUUUGUUUCCCGUUACCACAGAGGAUCAUCACCAUCAUUCCAAUGAACAACGUAAAUCACCCACAUAUCUGCCUUUAAAUAAUGACUUCCUAAUGCCCGUGAAUAAAUCCUAUGCGACGGCAGAUGGUGUGGGCAGUGUGGAAGUCGGAGGUGACAAAGUUGUGCAAGAAUUACUGUUAAAUGGUAGUGGUGUAACUAUGGAUGAUGGUUCCAUUGUCGAUGAUGACUGUGACAUAUCACGUUUUGAUUCACGCAAGGUGUUGCCACACAAAAAACGCAUAUCCCGCAAGCUAAAAAUCAAUCACAACGAUGUUGAUGAUCUACAAUUAAAUGUUCCUCUGGAGGAGCAUAAAUUACCUCAACUGGUUGUUGGCGUUGGAGGACAACAAUUCCGUUGUGAGCUGUGCGGUCAUGUGACAUGUUCACAAUUGGAAUUCUUUGCUCAUCUCAAACAACAUUAUGAACCAUCAACACCCGAUAAUAUAUUGGUAGCUAUGAAAACAUCUCUCGACGCCUUAGGCCCAGAAAAAAGUGAGGCAGCUGCGAAUCUUUGUACUAUAGAUAAAAAGACUGAUGGACUUGAUCAAGUCUUCCAAGAUGUACAUUUUCCCUUUGAAAAUUUCUCACAAGCGGCGGACAAUGUGGUGCAUACAGAUCGUAGAGUGGUGGUUGAUAUGGGUAUGCAGGCGCAUGUGGAACGUGUCGUCGAUAUGAAAGUUGUCUACAAUAAUACAUAUGACAAUGCAAAUAAUACCCUGCAACAGCCGCAACAACAACACCACCAUCAUCAGUCCCACAUACAACAAGUUCAACAACCUCAAACACAUCAGCCUUCACAAAAUCUAGUGCCUGAAGAAUUCAGUGAUACAGAAGAUAUGCUGGAAGGUAUACGGGAUAAGGUACUAAUUGAGGAUACCUGUGAUGCAAUGGACCUAAUGACACCCACUUCAAAUGGUGUGAGGCCACAUUGGUUUAAUAACAAUUGUUUCAAUGGCAUGGAUACAAAAGGCAAGCCAUUUUGUGAUGUUUUGUUUUCGGGUCAAUUUGCGCCCAUGUUAAAUACCGAACCAACAACUGUGCCACAAGAUAAUCAUCAUAUGACAGUGGUGGGGAAAUUAAUGCCAAAAGAUUUAAUGCACCCAUCCGGGCAGGUUUUACAUCAUCCAACUGAUCUACGAUUGCAAUUUCCCGAAACCAAUGAUGGCAUGAACAAUAGCAAUGAAACGCAAACCGUACCUCAGACAUCGAUUGUAUCAGCAGCUCAGCCUUCUAUAGUCUCUGCACCACCCCAACAACAGCCAAUAACAUUACCACCACAGCAACCUCAUAUUCCUCAACCUCAGCCAACACUUAGCAAUAAUAUUGACCUGAUACAACCUCAGCAUAUAAAAAUUGAAAAUAAUACCGACAUUCCUGCCUAUCAAGGGGACUCCAAUCAUCUAGUGGCCCACAGUGAAGUUGAUGAUGAGGUUUAUGAUGAUUGUCACAGUGAUGAUUUUAGAUCACUUUCGCCCAAUUCGAAUAAUGAAACUACUGGUCUGGUGGCCAAGACCAAGGAAGAAGACGACGACGAAGAAACGGAAGAUGGUGAAUUUGCGGCCGAAGGUGAGGAAGGCGACGAAGAUGGGGAGAACUCGGUCGAUGGCAAGGGUAAACGUAAACGUUAUGUUUGCAAUAAAUGUCAACGUAUUUUCAACUCCUGUAAUGCUCUAAAAUAUCAUCAUCGUACCCAUUCGGGUCUGCGACCCCAUCAAUGUGAUAUCUGUGGCAAAUCAUUUUUUGCUGUGGGUGCCCUUAAGGCUCACACUCGUACCCAUACGGGUGACAAGCCAUUCGAAUGUGAACAUUGUAAUCGUAAAUUUCGUCAAUGGGGUGAUCUCAAAUACCAUACCAUAUCGAUACAUAGCAAUCUAAAGAAUCAUCAAUGUGAAUUUUGUGGCAAGGCAUUUUCGCGGAAAUAUUCACUGGUGGUGCACCUGCGUAUACACACCAGUGAGCGUAAUUAUAAGUGUGAAUUUUGUACAAAGACAUUUCGAGCGUCGACUUAUUUACAAAAUCAUCGGAAGAUUCAUACAGGUGAAAAGCCCUAUGAGUGCGAUACUUGUUCGAAAAAGUUCCGAGUUGCCGGUGAUUUACGACGCCAUCAACGUGUCCAUGAACGCAAUCAAAAACUGAAAGCAAAUGUUGCCGCUACCACAGAGGAAUUAAAAUCUCCAGCAGUGCUUAAUAAGACUUCGGCAUCGCCUCCCACCACAUAG